AACAGCUGCUUCUUAUAGUGCAGUUGCACCAAGUUGUACAUUAUUGGUAACAUACCUCACCUUUCUGCGAAAAAACUCUUUUGCAGUAAUAUCAUGAUUAUUACAUAUUACGUGUUUUUCAACCUUUUGUAUUAAUCUAAGUUGAAUAUCGUAUCAAAAGUGAAUAUUGAAAUGAAUCACAUAUUCACGGGAGGCGGACCGUUGUUGUUCGUAAUUUCAUGAAGAUUAACGUAUUGUAUCAAUAUAUGUAUAUACAUAUACGUAAUAGUAUUACAGAUACAGUAUUGUUUUUGAAGAAGUUCGUUUAAUUUUACGUAGAAAAUGGAUAAGCUAAGGAGAGCAUUAAGUGGCAAUGAGCAGUGCGAUGAAGAAAGUGGUAUUAUUGGUCAGGUUGAUGCGGACUUUACGGUUAUGGACCAUACUACGUUGAGUUGGUCUACCCGAAUUAAAGGUUUUGCUAUUUGUUUUAUUAUUGGUAUAUUGUGCUCCAUCCUUGGAUCGUUUGCUUUAUUUUUACAUAGGGGAUUGACAGUAUUUGCUGUAUUUUAUACACUAGGAAACAUUAUCUCAUUAACAAGUACAUGUUUUUUAAUGGGACCAUGUAAUCAAUUAAAGAAGAUGUUUGCUGCAACAAGAGUGGUUGCAACAGUUUUAGUAUUUGUUGCUCUUGGAAUGACACUCUUUGCGGCUUUACAUCUGAAAAAUGCUGGAUUGGCUCUUCUAUUCAUAAUUAUCCAAUCGUUGGCAAUGACAUGGUAUUCUCUAUCUUAUAUACCUUAUGCGCGUGAUGCUGUCAGAAAAACUGUGGAAUCUUGUAUAACAUGAAGAAAAAUCUGGAAAUCGUGCAGUAAAAUUCUUUACUUAAAACAGUUUAUGUAGCACAAGUUAUGAACUGAGCUACAAAAGUAACUUAAGAAUACAAAUCAUAAUAUUAACAAACUCUAUACAUGUAACACAAGUAUGCAUUUAUUUUGUAAAUGCGCUUAACAUUUAUUUGUACUUGAACGACAAUACAAUGAAAAUGUUGAAUGUAGGUUUUAUAUUGUAAUAUUUUGUAAUAAUUCUGUAACUCUAUGAAGUUAUACGGUUUAUAUAAGAUUUAUAAUGUUCCGAUAAUACCAUUUCUUUUAUAAUGCUUGUUAUAUUAUCAUUGUACAAUAUCAAUAGUUUUGUACAUUAAAAUGAAGUUAACUUGUUUAUUCUCUCUGCGAUAUAACUUUCCUUGUACCAUUUGCAUUUGCAUUUGCAUUCUUCACAUUAAACUAUAAUAAAAUAUUCUGAAAUAA